CAAGCUGUCAUGGAUCAAAUCUCAUCAUCUCAGGUUUCCUGCUGGCUUUCAACACUCACAACGUCCAACUCUCCUGGAUUCACACUCUCUAAAUAUAGCUGCCUUAAAGUCAGACAGGAUUGCAAGGGAGGCUUAAAACUACUGCGAAGAAACACGGAGACUUAAGUGAAUUUUAAUAAACACUUUGUAUGUUCUGAGGCAUUUUGGGCCUUUGUGUAAUGCAAGGUUGUUGAACUGAUGGACUGACACUCUGGAUUAAAGGACGGACUGGCCUGUUGUGAAGACCAUGGUAUUAAUCAGGAACCAAGAGGCAUUAUGUCAGUAAUGCAGUCUUAAUCGCCACAGAUAUUUCUCCAUACGUUUACGUCAAGAAAAGUUCAAUAUUUUGUUCAACGGGUGGUUAUAAGUUGCUCCAGCAGAAAUGAUAUGCAACUUGUCUCUCUUAGUUGUCUUCAGUCUUUUUGUGUCUCAGUGCCACGGUGGCUGCUCGGAGGUGGACUCCCUGACUGAAGCUGUGGCUGGAGAAGGAUUCCUGCUGGGCUGCAUCUCCUGUAAGAAAAGAGAGGAGGUGUCAGCCCGAGCUACUGUAGACUGGCACUUUAAACCGCUGGGAGAGGAGGAGUUCAGUCAUAUUUUCCACUAUGACCAUCCCAGUGCUAAUAUCCUCCAAGAAGAUUUCAGCAACCGUCUGGAGUGGCAUGGGACACUAAACAGUGAUAUUCAGACAGGAUCCAUUUACAUUAAUAACGUCGUCUUCAAUGACACAGGGACGUACCGCUGCACCAUCCACCGCACCCUCUUCCUGCCGCAGUAUGAUGAGCACGUCACUGUGGAGAAGGAGGUGGAGCUCAGCGUGGUGGCUGUAGCCAAUCGUGAGCUGACUGCAGUGAUCUCAGAGAUCAUGAUGUAUGUGCUGAUCGUGGUUCUGCAACUGUGGCUAAUUGUGGUUCUGGUCUACUGUUACAACAAGAUUUCGGAGGAGCACGAAGCUCGGGAGGCCCGUAAAGCUCUCAAGGCUCAGACACAGCUGUUAGAAUCAAAAGACAACUGUGACGGCGUGCAGCUGGAGUAACAUUAAUGGUAAAAAGAUCAUCUCUGCAAGGGUCACGCUUAACCACCAUAACAUGAUUUUGCUAACAAAGACACAUCUACUGUACAAGAGGUUGAUUUUAAAUGGCUUGGUCACGCUCAGUCAUUUAUGAAACCUGUAUGAUUAACUGUAAAUACAAGCUGAGGUGUAGAUGGCAGUAAGCAGGGCAGGUUUCUUUUACAUGUCAGUGAAACAUAUUAAACACUUGAAAGUUUGUGUAUUUGUUUUAAAAAAAAGUAUUUAAAGGCAACUGGCCUUCAAUGUAUGGAAUCCAAUUCAUGAUUUUUUUUUUUUUUUGUUUAAAUAUCUUUAAAUAAUCAGCUUUAUUAAUUUUAAGGCCAUAAAAUGUCAAAUUACCAGAGCCCAUCAUAGUGUUUUUACUGUUUGUGUGAUGUGCUUGUUAAGUCUAAACAACACAGAAGUAUUCAGCUGAAAACCAUGAGACGUGCAGAGAUGCAAGCAAAAUCUGUGAUGCUGUUACUGAAAGACAUAAACAGUUCAUCAGUUUUCCAGAUAGGCAUCGAAAUGAAUUGUCUGUUAAUAAACUUAUAGAAUGAGUGAUGUAGUAAUUCACAGCCCUGUUAGCAGAGGAAAAUGUUGGCAUUGUACACUUCUGCAAAUUACAAAUUCACAUUUGUACAUUUUAUGCAGAUUAUGUCAACGUUUGUAAAGUGAUGUAGCUCUGGUUACAUUUAUGAGUUGACUUUGUCAUGGGGAAGCUGAGGGGAUGGUGGACAGAGUAAAACCUCAGUGAGACGACCACUUGAGACCAUGGUUCAAGACAAACAAACAACAAAGCCAGUUGCUCAUCAGCAAAGGCAGCUCCAGCAACAAUUGUGCCACUGAAUGUGAGUGGUUUUAGUGAGUUGCUGCUGUGUUUCCAGCAAAAAUUAUGCCACCAACAUGGAUGUUUUUUAGUGAGUCACUGUGGCAUCGAAUGUGGAUGUUUUAUUUAUCAAGUCAUUGCUGUGUUUAUAGCGGUGAGUGUGACACCGGUAUGGGUGUUUUUAGUCAGUCGUUGCUGCAACAGUGCCAACAAAAGUGUUUUUUUUUUAAUUGAGCCGUUGCUGCAUUUCCAGCAGCGAUUGUGCCACCAAAUGUGGGUGUUUCUUAACAUUAGUCGCUGCAUUGCCAGCGUUAAUUGUGCCCUGCAUUUUCAUCAGUGAUUGUGCCGCCAAACAUGGGUGUUUUUUAGUGAGUUGUCACUGCAUUGCCAGCAGCGAUUAUGCCACCAAAUGUGGGGGUUUCUCAAUGAGUCUUCAUUGCAUGUCCAGCAGUGAUUGUGCCAUAGAACAUGAGUUUUUUAAGUCAAAAAAAUAAUUUCCUAACCAUAACCAAAUGGUUUUUGUGCCUAAAUAUAACCACGUUAACCACAGCAUUGUUGAAAUGUAAAGUUUCAGUGUGUCUGCUGCAUAAUUCUAACAUUUUGUCAUUUGCUGAAACGUGCAAUGCCAACAUUUGUUCUGGUGAUUAGGUUGCAAUUCAGCACAACUUUAAAGACUUAAAAAUACUUAAAAACAUACCAUUAACAAACAAUUUAUCAGUAUGCCUCACCUCUCUGUAGUGCCCUGGUUUCUAUAGAGCAGACAUUUGUUUUCAUAAAGCAGUUUUAAAAUAAAUGGCUUCAGGUGAACUGGUGGCUCACUGGGCUGAGGUGCGUACAUGUAAAUAUGCAGGGUUUAAUGCAGCCCAGGACAUUUGCAACAACCAAGUUCCUCUUUUGCAUGUCUGACCCCGGGUCACAAUUACAAGUAACACAUAAGGCCUCUAUGUGUUAAAUUGUGACAAAUACCAGAGGAGAGUUGUUCAGUUUCAUUAGUAUGACCUUCUAGGUAUCUGAGAAGUCUUAAUAUCCUGAGAUUUAAACAGAUUCCGCAUCCCCGAUAUUGUGAUGUUGACAUUACAUAGUGUUAAGCAUAAGCAAGAUGUCUUUAUUUACCAGUGUCAACACCGGCACUGUUUUGGUCAGUCUUAUCCGUGUUUCCAUGUCUGUCCAUGUUUGUAAAUUAAUUUGAAUAAAAUAAAUGUUUUUGUAAAUCA